GUAAAUAGUAAAGUAAAGGUGACAUUUUAAGCAAAUUAACAAUGGUUUCCUCUCGUUUGAUGACAUUGCAAAGAAUUGCACGCCAAAUUGGCAGUAACAAUAAUUUGAUUGAAAAUCAAAAUUCUCGUCACAUGUCUGGUGUUUAUUUUCGCAGCGGUGCCUUUAAGCCAAAACCAAAUGAGGUUCCAUUUGGCCUUUUUGCAAUUAUUUGUGCAGUGAUUCCUGGACUGUUUGUGGGCGCAACCAUAAGCAAAAACGUUGCCAACUUUCUAGAAGAAAAUGAUUUGUUUGUCCCCAGCGAUGAUGAUGAUGAUGAGGAUUAAGUUCAUCUACAUAUGUACAUUUGACACUAUUAAAAACUAUUGACUUGACUCAACCAAAUAUGACAAUUUUCUCAGUCAUACCUAUAGCUUUAAGAAGCAUACUUUAUCGUUUUAAUAUUUAUUAAAUCCCUUUGCCAUUUAUAUUUACUAAGGCCACAGUAGCGACAAUUGUUAUACUAGCAUAAAUAAAAUUUGUUUAAA